AUGACCCUGUCUCCUACUAAGCUCUCACUACAGAUAAAUCAUUAUGUUUCUGUCCAAAGGAGUUUGAGCUCCAUUGAACAGUUAGUUCAAUUCGGCUUCCUUUCGGCCAUUUUGGUGGUGACUGUGGUCUACAGAAGAGCUUUCAGUGCUCCUCAUUCAGGGCUCAAUGGGGCCAGUAAAUUGAGAUUGGCAUUGGCGAUAUCAAUUGUUCUUAUAGGUCUAUCGCAGUCCCUGUCAGACCGGCUUUCAACUGUGACCAAGAUCUCAGCUUUUCCGCUUCAUUAUAUCGACUGCUACACAGGCGGAUACUCACAGCCUAUACUUACGCUCUUUUGGAUCUACGAAGCAGCCAAAGGCUGGCUCUUUCAGACAGAAGAUGGCUAUCCUUCACAGUUGAUGUUUAUUAUUGAACUCAUUUUGAUAGUUCUAGAGACUCUCGUCUGGUUUACACCGAGCGCGACCAAGUCGAAGAAACCCUGGUGGACAUACUUAGAAAGCGCCAGAUCUGAUAUCCUCUUGACAAAGAUCAAUCCAAUCAUUCAAGACUGUUGCACAUCUGGACGCAUUGAGCCUGAUCAUCUUGUCAGGAUAUAUCAAGAGUUUGAUGCAGCAGAUGCUAGUGAUUGUCUUGAAAGUAACAUAACAGGUGUUUCAGAUGUCCGAUCACUUGUAAUUUGCCUCCUAUACUCAUUUUAUCCAAACUUGCUCAAAGCUUACUUGUUGAAAAGGCUUCUACAAUUCAUUGAACAGCGCUACCCUGGCAAAGAAGUUGCCUUGAUUGAUGGAAUAAUCCUUUCACUUUCACUAUGUGUCAACGAUAUUAUCGGAAAAGGGUUUUCCACCUACGAAAACUACAUUGUCCAGAUUUCAUCUAAGGAAGCCUUCAAUUUGUUAUUUGAGCUGUUGUGGCUGCUACAGCCAUUUCUUUUGUCCUUGACAACGUUUGCCUGCUACACCUACUUUCAAAACCGCCCCUUGCAGGCAGACAUCAUUUAUCCGACCUUGCAUUUGCUUGUCCUUCUCUCGAUUCCAGUUCAGAAGAUUCCUCAGUUGAUAUCUGCUACUGCCAAUGCGAAAGUGUCUCUUGAGAAAGUAGCAGAUUUCUUGAAUUGCAAGGAGCUCAAUCUUGAGGUUGAGUCAAAUAACUCGAAUAACGCAAUAGAGAUUGAAGGCAACUUUUCGUGGGAUUCAACGUCCGAAAAGUGCAUCUUGAAAGACAUUGAUUUCACUGUGGCAAAAGGUGAGUUUGUUUGCUUGUUCGGUAAAAGUGGGUCCGGCAAGACAGCUCUACUUUCUGCUAUUUUAGGUGGGCUUGAAUCUAUGAGCACCGAUAGCAAGGUGGUUGUCAAUGGCACAAUGGCCAAUGUCGGCCAAACUCCAUGGCUUUUGAACGAGACAAUACUUGACAAUAUACUUUUUGGGAAGAUUUACGACCAGGAAAUGCAUGAAAAGGUGCUCAACGUUUGUCAACUAAUUACUGAUAUUGAGAGGUUUUCCCUCGGAGACAAUACUGUUGUCGGUGACAUGGGUUAUACAUUGUCUGGUGGUCAAAAGGCGAGAAUCGCUUUAGCUAGGGCGGUCUAUUCUGAGGCUGAUGUUUACUACAUUGAUGAUGUCCUCAGUGCUGUGGACAAUCAUGUCGGCAAAAAGCUAUUUUCAGAGGUGUUUUCAGAAAGUGGAGUAUUAGCGGGUAAAACUGUUCUUUUUGCAACGAAUAAUCAAUUGAUACGAGCUCACGCAGACCGUUCAUACUACCUUGAUAACGGGAAGAUCAUCGAGGAUACUGGAUUGGUGAAAGCCAUUGCAUUUCAGCUAACUACGGAUAUCUGGCUCAAGAAGUGGACUGAGAACGAAAAUCAGGAUGGCUUCUAUUACCUUAUUGGUUAUGCUAUUAUUGGAUUUACCAACGAGUUUAUGAAUGUCGUAAGAGGAUGGUUUCUACUAUGCAAUUUGGGUCUCGAAAGUGCCAAUAAAAAUCUUAUUGAUAUGACCCUUAGCCUCGUCGGUUCGAAAAUCAGCUUCUUUGAUGUAACGCCAAGAGGAAAUAUCCUCCAAAUAUUCAUGACCCAUAUCAGCAAUAUUGAAGCGGCUCUUCCAAAGAAUCUAUAUCAGUUGCUCAAAAACUCAUCAUCGGCUGCAUUGUCGGUUCUACUGAUCACUUAUCAGUCUCCCUCUACCAUACCCAUCUUAGUCAUCGUUGCUUCAGGGUUUUGCUAUUACAACUGGGUAUACAUUGGUGCAGAAAGAGAGGCCAAGAGUUUUGGUAUUAUCACCAAAACUCCAUUUUUUACACUUCUACAGGAAACACUAGAUGGAUCAGAGACUAUCAGAGCCUUCCGUCAAACGGAAAGGUUCACCAGAAGAAGUAUUUUGGAUAGCAAUUUUGAGGUCGGGUCUUCCCUCUUGAACCUCUAUGUGUCAGAAUGGCUCUAUUUGAGGUUGAAUUUGAUCACAUCAGCUCUUUCCUUUCUCACGUCGCUAUUCUUUGUUCUCAGGAGUGGACAAGGCUACACGGAUUUGGAACAGGAGGAGGACGACGACCAAGAGGACAUCAAUAACACUUGGCAUGCAAAAGGAAGAAUUCAAUUCGAAAAUAAUUCCGGGACCUAUGAUGGAACAGCAGAGCCGGCUCUACGAAAAAUUUCAUUUUCCGCCAAUGAAGGUGAGAAGUUGGAGGUUGUUGGGAGAACUGGAGCAGGCAAGAGUUCACUCAUUCUUGCGCUAUUCAGAAUGUUACCCUCAACUGGAGGCAGAAUUACAAUUGACGGUACUGAUAUCAGCAAAAUCAAGCUAUCAACUUUGAGAAAAGGACUCAGCAUUAUUUCGCAAGACGCCUAUAUUCUUCCAGGUUCAAUAAGAUUUAAUCUUGACCCAUUUGAUGAGUACCCGGAUAAUUAUCUUUGGGAAGCAUUAAAAGAUGUGCAACUCGUUGAUGCUGUUAAAGAGCUUCCUCAAGGAUUGCGAUGCGAAGUCAGUGAAAACGGCUCUAAGUUCUCUGCCGGAGAGAAGCAGCUACUCUGCUUAGCAAGAGCUCUUUUGAAGAAUCCUAAUAUUCUCAUUUUGGAUGAAGCUACAGCCUCCGUUGAUUUUGAAACGGAUAAAGUCAUUCAAGAGGUGGUGAGGAAGAAGGCAAAUGGCAAAACAGUGAUAACCAUUGCCCACCGAAUAGACACAAUUUUGGACUCGGACAAAAUCUUGGGUCUUGAUAAUGGAAAAGUUGUUGAGUUUGAUACUCCGCAAUCUUUAUUGGGGAUCCAAAAAGUCUAUUACUGGGAAUAG